AUGGCUUUGGCAGAAGAUGGUUUAUGUUUGAUUAACGAAGGUAUAGAUGAUAGGCAAACAGAAAUACAACAUAAUUCAACUGGUAUUACUCAGCGUGGUGAAAUACAUGGUGACAUGAGACGCCAACAACCAGAAAUGGGAAUAACGGAAAAAAUACUUGAUAUCCCGCAAUUUUCUGGCGAAUUGAAACACAAUGUAAAACAGUGGCUUCGAAUAAUUCAUCAAGCAUGUGAUGAUCAAGAAAUAUCAGAACAUGAUGGCUAUUUAUUAGCCAUUUCAAGACUAAGUGGUAGUGCACGCGAUUUUUUUAAGUCUCAUCGACAAUACGCAAUAACAUGGAAUUCGCUUGUUGAUUUAUUGAUGAAUCGUUAUCCCUCAUCUCAAGUGGCAAGUCCUGAGGAACUAUUGUUUAGAUUGAUACAACGUCAACAAGGUAUUCGUGAAUCUAUUGCUGAAUAUUAUGAAAAGAAAAAUCAAUUGUGCCAUGAAUAUGAUAUUUGUGUGACAGAUCAACAACGUAUUUAUUAUUUGAAGCAAGGAUUAGGGGUGGAGUUAAAACAAUAUGCUGAAUACCACUCAUUCGUGUCAUUAGCACAAUUUAAAAAUGUUAUGGAAAUACAUGAGCGUCACCAGUUACAAACUUAA